AUGGCACAGGCACCUAAAUUCCAGGAGGAUUUGAUAGAUAUGACCGAAUCUUUGUGGAAAUUGCGUGAUACCAAUUAUGAUCAUACAUUAAAUCUUAUUAUUCGUUUAAUUUCCGACAAUGAAAUCUCAGUAUUCAACAUUAUUGAUGCCAUUGAUCUUGCUUCAAUAUGGAACUGCAAAAGCAUUAAAUUAUAUGUAGAUUUGUGCAUAUCGAUCUGCAAUCGCAAACCUCUUAUUGGAAAAAAAUAUUUCAAUAACAAAAUGUUACAGGCCUUACUCGUUAAAAAAGGAAUUAUUGGCUUAGAAAUACCAUUGAAUUUUGUAAAUUAUUCAGAAAACCAAAUAUAUACAUACAAUUUCAAAAAUAAAAUUAUGCAAUCAAUAAUUUUCGAUGAUAUAAAUUCCUUACAUGUUUUAACUGCUACAUCAGCCUUUGAUUAUAACCAAACGAUUAACUAUGCUAACCUUUUAGAUAUUUCUGCCACUUUUGGUGCUGUUAAUUGCUUCAAGUAUAUCUAUCUAAAUCAUGCGAAAAUAACAAUCACUACUUUAGAAAAUGCAUUUCUUGGAAACAACUUUGAAAUCGUUCGAAUAUGUAUUCAAAAUAUUAAUAAUAUUUCGCCACGAUGCAUUGAAAACGCUAUUAAAGCUCAUAAUUUUGAUUUAGUUGAGUACCUCUAUGUAAAUUUCAAUAUGCCUAUUCCUUUAUCAUUUGCACUUAAUAAUUAUAAUUUUCGUGUAUUUUUCGAGUAUUUCACAACUGAACAGAUCAACGAAUCCCUCCUUAUAUCGUCAGUUUCGCAUUCCUUAUAUCCGAUAACAAGAUAUUUAUUAGAAAAUAAAGCAAAUCCAAAUGUCAUAGAUUCAUUCCAGCAAACAAGUCUCCAUAUUUGCUGUGAACGAAAUGAUUAUAAUACUGCUAAACUACUAAUUCAGCACCAUAUUGAUGUUAAUUGUCUUAAUUCAAAAGGUCAAAGUUCUCUGAUGAUUGCAGUUCAAAACAAUCAUGACAGAUUAGCAAGGCUUCUUCUUAAUAAUGGAGCUAAGACUGAGAUCAUAGAUAAGUAUGAUAAAACUGCUAGAAUGUACGCAAAAGAAAAUAAUAAUCUUAAAAUUGUGUUUAUGAUUGAUAGAUAUUCUAGAAUUGAAAAGAAAGUCAAUUCAGAGCAUAGCAUAACUCUUGAUAUGAUACCUUCAUCAACCUUUUCAGAUUUGCAUAAAAUUGUUCUUUUAAAUUGUUAG